AAAGGGGGUGGGUCGGGGCCCGGAGGCCGGGUCGGGCGGAGGCCGCGAAAGCCCCUCGCCCCCUGCGCCCUCUGGCGGCCGGCGGGACGCAAUUCGCAGCCCUACCCAGAGAGUCACGUGACUUUGGAAAGUACCGUGGAAAUCCCCGGCCUACGACCCGCAUACAACUGAAACGGGGAAAAGCAGACUGCGCAGUCUGCAGUCUUCGUGGCGGGCCAAGCGAGCUUGGAGCCCGCGGGGGCGGAGCGGCGAUAGCGGCCGCCAAGAGAGAUCACACCCCCGGCCGACCCUGCCAGCGAGCGAGCCCGACCCCGGGCAUCCAUGGAGCGUCGCCUCCGCCCGGUCCCGGCCCCGACCUCCGCCUGCUGGGCGCUCCUGCUUUGACCCGGACUUGGGACUUUGCGAAAGGAUCGCGGGGCCCGGAGAGGUGUUGGAGAGCACAAUGGCUGAACAAGUCCUUCCUCAGGCUUUGUAUUUGAGCAAUAUGCGGAAAGCUGUGAAGAUACGGGAGAGAACUCCAGAAGAUAUUUUUAAACCUACUAAUGGGAUCAUUCAUCAUUUUAAAACCAUGCACCGAUACACACUGGAAAUGUUCAGAACUUGCCAGUUUUGUCCUCAAUUUCGGGAGAUCAUCCACAAAGCCCUCAUCGACAAAAACAUCCAGGCUUCCCUGGAAAGCCAGAAGAAACUCAACUGGUGUCGAGAAGUCAGGAAGCUUGUGGCGCUGAAAACGAACGGUGAUGGCAAUUGCCUCAUGCAUGCCACUUCUCAGUACAUGUGGGGCGUUCAGGACACAGACCUGGUACUGAGGAAGGCGCUGUUCAGCACGUUGAAGGAAACAGACACACGCAACUUUAAAUUCCGCUGGCAACUGGAGUCUCUCAAAUCUCAGGAAUUUGUUGAAACGGGGCUUUGCUAUGAUACUCGGAACUGGAAUGAUGAAUGGGACAACCUUAUCAAAAUGGCUUCCACAGACACACCCAUGGCCCGAAGUGGACUUCAGUACAACUCACUGGAAGAAAUACACAUAUUUGUCCUUUGCAACAUCCUCAGAAGGCCAAUCAUUGUCAUUUCAGACAAAAUGCUAAGAAGUUUGGAAUCAGGUUCCAAUUUCGCCCCUUUGAAAGUGGGUGGAAUUUACUUGCCUCUCCAUUGGCCUGCCCAGGAAUGCUACAGAUACCCCAUUGUUCUCGGCUAUGACAGCCAUCAUUUUGUACCCUUGGUGACCCUGAAGGACAGUGGGCCUGAAAUCCGAGCUGUUCCACUUGUUAACAGAGACCGAGGAAGAUUUGAAGACUUGAAAGUUCACUUUUUGACAGAUCCUGAAAAUGAGAUGAAGGAGAAGCUCUUAAAAGAGUACUUAAUGGUGAUAGAAAUCCCUGUCCAAGGCUGGGACCAUGGCACAACUCAUCUCAUCAAUGCCGCAAAGUUGGAUGAAGCUAACUUACCAAAAGAAAUCAAUCUGGUAGAUGAUUACUUUGAGCUUGUUCAGCAUGAGUACAAGAAAUGGCAGGAAAACAGCGAGCAGGGGAGGAGAGAGAUGCAUGCCCAGAAUCCCAUGGAAUCUUCCCUGCCCCAGCUUUCUCUCAUGGAUGUAAAAUGUGAAACGCCCAACUGCCCCUUCUUCAUGUCUGUGAACACCCAGCCUUUAUGCCAUGAGUGCUCAGAGAGGCGGCAAAAGAAUCAAAACAAACUCCCAAAGCUGAACUCCAAGCCGGGCCCCGAGGGGCUCCCUGGCAUGGCGCUCGGGGCCUCUCGGGGAGAAGCCUAUGAGCCCUUGGCGUGGAACCCCGAGGAGCCCACUGGGGGGCCUCAUUCUGCUCCACCGACAGCACCCAGCCCUUUUCUGUUCAGUGAGACCACUGCCAUGAAGUGCAGGAGCCCCGGCUGCCCCUUCACACUGAAUGUGCAGCACAACGGAUUUUGUGAACGUUGCCACAACGCCCGGCAACUUCACGCCAGCCACGCCGCAGACCACACAAGGCACUUGGAUCCCGGGAAGUGCCAAGCCUGCCUCCAGGAUGUCACCAGGACAUUUAAUGGGAUCUGCAGUACUUGCUUCAAAAGGACUACAGCAGAGGCCUCCUCCAGCCUCAGCACCAGCCUCCCUCCCUCCUGUCACCAGCGUUCCAAGUCAGAUCCCUCACAGCUCGUCCGGAGCCCCUCCCCGCAUUCUUGCCACAGAGCUGGAAAUGACGCCCCCGCUGGCUGCCUGUCUCAAGCUGCACGGACUCCGGGGGACAGGACGGGGACCAGCAAGUGCAGAAAAGCUGGCUGCAUGUAUUUUGGGACUCCAGAAAACAAGGGCUUUUGCACACUGUGUUUCAUCGAGUACAGAGAAAACAAACAUUUGGUCGCUGCCUCAGGGAAAGCCAGUCCCACAGCCUCCAGGUUCCAGAACACCAUUCCAUGCCUGGGGAGGGAGUGCGGCACCCUUGGAAGCACCAUGUUUGAAGGAUACUGCCAGAAGUGUUUCAUUGAAGCUCAGAAUCAGAGAUUUCAUGAGGCCAAAAGGACAGAAGAGCAACUGAGAUCGAGCCAGCGCAGAGAUGUGCCUCGAACCACACAGAGCACCUCAAGGCCCAAGUGCGCCCGGGCCUCCUGCAAGAACAUCCUGGCCUGCCGCAGCGAGGAGCUCUGCAUGGAGUGCCAGCAUCCCAACCCGAGGAUGGGCGCCGGGGCCCACCGGGGUGAGCCUGCCCCCGAAGACCCCCCCAAGCAGCGCUGCCGGGCCCCCGCCUGUGAUCACUUUGGCAAUGCCAAGUGCAACGGCUACUGCAACGAGUGCUUUCAGUUCAAGCAGAUGUAUGGCUAACCGGAAACAGGCGGGUCACCUCCUGCAAGAAGUGGGGCCUCGAGCUGUCAGUCAUCAUGGUGCUAUCCUCUGAACCCUCAGCUGCCACUGCAACAGCGGGCUCAAGGGUGUCUGAGCAGGAGAGGAAAGAUAAGCUCUUUGUGGUGCCCACGAUGCUCAGGUUUGGUAACCAGGGAGUGCUCCCAGGUGGCCUUAGAAAGCAAAGCUUGUAACUGGCAAGGGAUGAUGUCAGAUUCAGCCCAAGGUUCCUCCUCUCCUACCAAGCAAGAGGCCAGGAACUUCUUUGGACUUGGAAGGUGUGCGGGGACUGGCCGAGGCGCCUGCACCCUGCCCAUCAGGACUGCUUCAUCAUCUUGGCUGAGAAGGGAAAAGACACGCAGUCAGGUGGGUUGGAGAAGCCAGAGCCCUUCCACCUCCCCUCCCCUAGCAUCUCUCAGAGAUGUGAAGCCAGAUCCUCAUGGCAGCGAGGCCCUCUGCAAGAAGCUCAAGGAAGCUCAGGGAAAAUGGACGUAUUCAGAGAGUGUUUGUAGUUCAUGGUUUUUCCCUACCUGCCCGGGUGCUUUCCUGAGGACCCGGCAGAAAUGCAGAACCAUCCAUGGACUGUGAUUCUGAGGCUGCUGAGACUGAACAUGUUCACGGUGACAGAAAAACAAGCUGCUCUUUACAAUAUGCACCUUUUAAAAGAAUAUUUUAGUGGGAAGACGUGUCACUCUUUGGGUUAUUACUGUCUUUACUUCUAAAGAAGUAAGCUUGAACUGAGGAGUAAAAGUGUGUACAUGUGUAGUAUACCCUUACAUUAUGUAUGAGGGAUUUUUUUUUUUUAAAUUAUAUUGAAAUGCUGCCCUAGAAGUAUAAUAGGAAGGCUAAAUAAUAAUAACCUGUUUUCUGGUUGUUGUUGGGGCAUGAGCUUGUAUAUACACUGCUUGCAUAAACUCAACCAGCUGCCUUUUUAAAGGGAGCUCUAGUCCUGUUUGUGUAAUUCACUUUAUUUAUUUUAUUACAAACUUCGAGAUUAUUUAAGUGAAGAUAUUUCUUCAGCUCUGGGGAAAACGCUUCAGUGUCCUCUUGAGAGAACAUAUUUGCUUUGAGUCAGGUUGUGGGCAAGUUCCUGACCACAGCGGGUAAAUUGGCCUCUUUGGUACACUUUGCUUGCCUCCCCGGGAAAGAAGGAAUUGCAUCCAAGGUAUAUAUAUUCAUCAAAGUUUCGUGCUUCUCCUUAUGAAACUCCAGCUAUGUAGUAAAAAACCAUCCUCUGUAUUCUGUUAAUGCCUCUGAGUGUCCUACCUCCUUGGAGAUGAGAUAGGGAAGGAGCAGGGAUGAGAUUGGGAAUGGUCACAGGGAGAUAUGGCCUUUUGUGAUGGUUUUAUUUUCUGUGUUAACACUGUGUCCUGGGGGGCUGGGAAGCCCCUUGCAUCCCAUGGUACCCUGGUAUUGGGACAGCAAAAGCCAGUAACCAUGAGUAUGAGGAAAUCUCUUUCUGUUGCUAGCUUACAGUUUCUCUGUGUGCUUUGUGGUUGCUGUCAUAUUUGCUCUAGAAGAAAAAAAAAAAAAAAAAGGAGGGGAAAUGUAUUUUCCCCUGAGAUAAAGGCUGUCAUUUUGGGGGUCUGUGCUUAUGACCUGAAAAUAUAUGUGAUCUAUAACUCUACACAGCCUUUACUCAUAUUAUUAGACAUGCUUUCCCCUUAGAGCUGCCUAAGUUUUUUCCCAGACAAAUCUUUAUAAUUUCUUUCCAAAGAUAUCAAAUAAACUUCAGUGUUUUCAUCUUAUUCUCUUAAAGUUGAUACCUUAAUAUUUUGUGUUGAUCAUUAUCUCCAUUCUUAAUGUGAAAAAAUUGAAUUAUUUAUACUUAUUAUAAAAAGUAUUUGAAAUUUGCACAUUUAAUUGUCCCUAAUAGAAAGCCACCUAUUCUUUGUUGGAUUUCUUCAAGUAUUUCUAAAUAAAUGUAACUUUUCACAAGAGUCAACAUUAAAAAAUAAAUUAUUUAAGAACA